UUUUCUUUUGAAAGUGGCCUCCAGGUUACAGCAGCAUAUAUAUAAACAUAAUAUUAUUAUUCAGUGCCUGCUGGACUCUGUCAGUCACAGCCAGCAUCAGAUAUGUCUCUGUUUGUGAAGCUAUUUAGUGGUGGACAAAAGGUGAGAGAGACGUGCUGUCAACAAGAGGAGACUGAGACACUUCUAGAGGGAGAGGAGUUGCUGAUGAAGAAGAAAGAGUUUCUGAAGAAAAAGAUUGACCAGGAACUUCUGAUUGCCAAGAAAAACAGCCGAAAGAACAGAAGAGGGGCUCUGCUGGCGCUGAGAAAAAAGAAGUGGUACGAAGCCCACAUCAAGUACAUCGACUGCGCGGUUAAGGCCGUGAGGUCCACUCAUGAGCACAUAGAUAUUGUCAACAAGGUGAAUGACCUGAUCAAGGACGUUACAGAGGAACACGAUCUGAGUCAAGACAUGUCAGACACCCUCCACACAUCCGUGAGCUCUGAAGUGGAAUUUGAUGAGGAUGAGCUGCUGGCAGAGCUGGAGAGGCUGGAGGAGAUUCUGGAUGAGAGUCUCUGUGAGAAGGACAGAGCGGAGGAGAGAGUCUCUUGUCCCAAAGUGUCGCCCACUGCAUCACCUUCGCAACCUGGCAAGCCGGAGAAAGAUGAGUUUGAAGAUGAUUUGGAGUAUCUGCGGCGCUGGGUGAAUGAACCCUCAUAGACACGCCAUCAGCGCCAACACAUGGAGAGGAGAGGAUGAUACGCUAUUGUUCAUGAGUGUUUUAUGUUUGAGGACAUUUGUCUUCUCCACAGUAAAGUGUUGUCAGUGAAAGCAUUUAAUGUAAUGCACAGGGUAUUCCAAAAAACUACAGAAUUUAUAUCUUAGUGAAGUAUUAUGAGCUCUGUAAUACAGUAUUAUCAUACUGUGAACACUAA